AUGGCCGACGACGACGAUGCCCAAUUCGAUACCGUGGACUCGGGGGCCUCCAAGACCUUCCCCAUGCAGUGCUCGGCCCUGCGCAAGAACGGCUUCGUGAUGCUUAAGGGACGCCCCUGCAAGAUCGUCGACAUGUCCACCUCGAAGACCGGCAAGCAUGGCCACGCCAAGGUCCAUCUGGUGGGCGUCGAUAUCUUCACCCAGAAGAAGUACGAGGACAUCUGCCCCUCCACCCACAACAUGGACGUGCCGCAUGUGAAGCGCGAGGACUACCAGCUAACUGACAUCAGUGACGACGGAUUUGUGACUUUGAUGUCCGACAACGGUGAGAUACGGGAGGACCUCAAGGUGCCCGAGGGCGAGCUGGGCGGUAGCGUGCGCUCCGAGUUCGAUGAGGGCAAGGACCUCAUCUGCACCGUGCUGGCGGCCUGCGGCGAGGAGUGUGUCAUCGCCAUGAAGAUAAACAGUGGCUUGGACAAGUAAUCAAUAGAACUAACUAAUAAUGCCAAGCAUUGGCUUGAG